GCACAGGGCCGUGCAUACUUAUCACGCAGCCGACUGACCCACGCGUGAUUUUCUUCUUUUUUUUUUUUGCCCACAGGUGCCCGGCAAUUUGAUUUUUUCGCGCUGGUUUCCGAAUCUCGACAAUAAGCGUCGCUUCUAUUCCGGGGGCCGGUCUUCGGGAUGGCCACGAAAGGUUGUCCGCGACUCGAAUACAGUCGCUAGAAGAGAAUUCGUGGAAUAAAAUUUAAUCCCUCCGGACUCCUACGGGCGACUGGCUUUCUUCGUUCUUCCAUUUAUUCGUCCUGUGCUUUCCGAAAUUGUCGCCGUAUCAGCAGAGUCCAUCUUUUCAUCGUACACUUCCAAUCGGUUGAAGAACGCGAAUUCUUGUAAUUGAUUUUUUUCCGAACCCACGCGACGCGAGGGAGCCCUACGUAGUCAUAUCGUAUGAUUACUCUUCGCGAGUUCUUGAGUAAUUUUCUCUCGAUACAAAAGAGUGCAGGUCCCGCCAAGGCGCAUAUAACACCACGUAGUUAUAGGAAGAAACUAACGUAAUAAGGUAAAAUCGGUUUCGCAACACCGACUAAUUGCGAGAAGUACUAUACCGAAAGUGAAAGACUUUCACAUGACGAAAGCGCGACCGUGACGUUAAAACGUUCAAACGGAUUCACGUGUGGCUCAAGAACAACAACCACAAAGCUAACAACAAUCGUUUGUCACCUCUCAAGAAUCUACCUAGCUAGCGAAACACUGCAUUUACAACUCAAUUAGAAAAACAAAGAAUGAAGCACAAACAUGAGCAAAAUGUACGAAGCUCUGGAAACGUGAACUGGACUGGACUGCAGGUCAGGUUCAUACGUCUGGAUGCAUGAACCGUUCAUCAUACUCAUUGUUAAACGAAAGGGUUGUUAAUUGUAAAGUGAAAUAUACAAAUUCGAGCACACGAGACAGUUGACGUUAUUAUAACCCUACUGCGAUUACUAUACAUAAUCUUUUUUUGAUAGCGCAUCCUAUAAGAGGAUAAAAUCUUCGACUCCGUGUCAUAAUGAUGUUGAGGCACCUGUUACACAUGCCGCAGGUGGCUCUCUACCUGAUUUUGUGAGUAAAUGGAAAAUAGAGGGAGAGCAUGAAAGUUGAGCCAGUCGGUAGCUGAAUGGUUAUGAGAAAUUGGUCAAAUCCUAACUGCGGAUGAACCGAACAUGUGUAAAAAAAGUAAUAGAAAAUAAACUAUUGAAAAUAAUAAAUAAAUAAAUAAAAAUUGGAGAGUAAGCCGCGGCUGUGGAGGAAUUUCGCGAUGUCUGUAGGACUCGGAUCGGGGCGAGCCGUUCAAAGGCAACUGGUAGAGGGUGAAACAGGGGUCGGUAUCAGGCGAAAAGCGGGGAGUGUGUUUGCCAAACGACUUCGCCCCCGCGGCUAUCUGGCCGGGCGUUGUUUGCUCAGUGCCUCUGUUCGGCGUGCGUCACGUGCUUUGACCACUUCCCCUUCUACCAUAUCUACCCCCCUUUUAUUCCCUCAAAACCCCCUCAGACCCCGUGGUAGCCGUUCAACCUUUCGUUGACUAACCACCACUCUUUUGCUGUUCUUUUUCCGAACCCUUGUCGACGACGUGAGCGCGACCGAUGGAAGCCAGCAUAUUUAUUCUUAUAUGAAAUUCGUAUUACCCGCUUAUGGUCCUGUUACGGCCUUAGAGAACGGAGUAUAAUAUUCGACCGCUUACCAUAGUAGAAAAUAAAAAGGAUGGGACGGGGUUAUACGCUGCGCGGGUCGCGAGGGAAAAAAAAUAGUCCGAUGAGCGGUGAAAAUUGUGGCGUAAAAGAAAGAGAAACGAGAAACGAGAAACAGAAAAUAAAAUUGACAGAAAAAAGCAAAGUAAGACUCGCGUCUUAGAGACGAAAAAUCGCGACGUCCCGUGCAAUUAUUGACUCGGUGGUUGAAAAAUUUUUAGAGCCAAGAGGUUCCCCUGGAAAUAAACGGUGCGCGAUGAAAUAUUGCAGAGGGAUGACGAAGAGUUUUGAAACCGUGCGCUGUAAAGUUAAGCUAUUAAGCCGGCGAAGCAGGUAUUCGCACGCGAAGAGGGGAUCGAGGAGAGCAGGGAAAAGACGUUUAACUACCUUUUUCCGCCGACGCGAGACUUCUUUUAUAUAUAAUAUGCGAAAUGUUCAGUCCUUGAGAAAAACAACUAAAUGAGGAGAAAAAAAAAGUCCAACCCUCGACAUUUUCUGCCCAAUAGGCGCGGGACCGUGAUAAUUAGUGGAUAUAUACUUAUGUAAGAAGAGUGCAGAGAAGGCGAUCCGACGAUCCGAACACGAUCCCGUCGAUCAUUUAACGCGCUUCUCAAGGGAGAUAAAACUUGGAAAGAAAUUGUGUUGACCUUCGAUGUAUACGUAAGUAUACCGUAAGAUAUGGGCCCAGUGAUUUACGUCGAUUCCACCUCACCAGGGAAUUUUCCUUCGCCGGAUUAGUUUUUCCCGAAAGUUCCGCUCGGAUAAAAUUGGUCCCUCUAUUGUGUCCGGUAGCAUAACAAAUUGUCGAUUAAUUCCGGGUUUCAUGCGAAUCGGGUCUUAUAUGCGUGGGUGAAAGUUACGAAAACGCGGCAUUCCUGUGAGCCUCGGUCGCCGCAUUAGUUGUGUUCGGUGAUCCGUCGGCGUAUUUUCCCAUCCGAGCACCGAGUUGGUUCUGCGAUCGCGUUUCACGCCUGCUCUUCGUCGCCUGCUCGAUCUUCGACAAAAAAUAAAAUAAACCAAAUAAGCGAAUAGAAUAAGAUAAAAAUCUUGUGCCAGCUACCGUUGAUCCCGCGUGGUACUCGGCAAAAACAACUUCCGGUCCCCUUCUCAGUCGACGGCGUGCACGCCCGGCGUUAUAUCAAGACACGACAGGGUCUCCGACAGAUCAGUUCUUCGCGGAGCGACGAUUCUCUGCGAAUCGAUGAUAAUUUGACCCUGAAGCCGGACCUUGAUUCGGUAGCGAAUUGUCGGGAUUCGAUCAUAAUGGAGAAAAUUAAACGCGUACAAAUUUUCAUCAUACUUGCAGUUACAUUUACACUUUUAAUAGUUCCGGGAAGGUCCGCGAAGCGGGUCGUCAAACGGCUUCCAGUAAGAUUCGAAUACAAUUUCGACGACCAGGUCGUCGCAGCUACAAAACACGGAGGAGGUGGAAAUAAACACCACGAAGAAGGUGGUGGGAAAAAACACGAAGAAGAUCACCACGAAUCGCAUGGGGAGAAGGGCGACAAGGGAUACAAAGGCAUCCACGAAUUUGACAAGGGUGAAAAAGGCCACCACGACAAGGAGGGACACAAGCAUCAUUACGCCGAGAAGGGCGGGCAUGAGAAAAAGAAACACGACGAGGCUGGACACUACGGAGAGCAUCACCACGGGGAGAAAGGUGAGAAGGCGGCAAAGUUUGGAGAGGAUGGCAAGCACCAAAAAGGUCACAGUACCAAAGGCGAGCACAACAUCUUCAAAAAGGAUGAAUAUGAGAAAAAACAAGACUUCUAUGACGAGUACCACGAAGGUGGGGAUCACGAGAAACACGGAGGUCACCACCACGAGCACGAAGGGAAGAAGGGAGGACACCAUAAAAAGGGACAUCACGACUCGGGACACCUCGAGGAUCACCAUGGGAAAAAGAAAAAACACGAGGAGGGUCAUCAUCACGACAAGCAUAAGGGGUACAAGGAAGCGGAGGGUCACAAAUCCAGUCAUCAUCACGAUUCCAAAUACGGGAAGAAGGGCGGUCACGAGGACGGUAAAAAGUGGGCCCACAAGAAAGGACGUCGAUGAAAAGUCGCUCGCCACGUGCAGGACAUCUGGUCAAUGCCCCGGUACACGAAGGAACUUGGACCCAGGCGUCAACGGGGUCUUCGUCGAGCUACGCUAAAGCCAUGCGAAAAACGUCCCUCUGUUCCACAUUUCCCGGUACUAUCAACAGGCUCGAUCUGCUCGGGUGCAAUGCAUGCCAAAUAUUGUAGCCAAGUUUUCCUUUUAGUAAUUAUACACUAUACAGAUCUUUUUAUACGAUAUAUACAUAUAUACACGUACUUCUAAGACCUUGUCAAAAUUCGUGUGUGGUUCUUAAUCCAUUCUCACCAUGAUCCCUAUCAGAUCGUUCAAUGAAUUUUUGAGUAAAUUUCAAAAAAAAAAACAAAAACUAUCCGUUAGGCAAAGAUUUACGUUGAUUAUUCCGACGCAAGGAGUCCGUCACGGUUGGACGAAGAAUCCAACAAGUUUACAGGGCGCUGGACCGGAAACAUAUCGACAAAUCACCGCUAUUGCGGUAAUCAGUUGUUCGAGCCGAAAGUAAACUCGCGCAAUAAUAUGUCCGAUAGAAGCUGGUCUGACUGCGGUCAUUUCUCGGAUAGUUACUCAGUUUUCUUCUUUUUUCUUCGGACAAAAUACGUGGCACAUUUUUCAAACCACAGCAAUGAAUUUCCCCUGUAUUUUUAGCUCCUUCCAUUCCUCCCUGUAAACCCCACCGCGUAUCGGCUUAGAAUGAUGCAUCGGAAGACUCCGCCGUUUACAGCCACCCGGUAUAAUACGUCGUCCCGAGGGAUACGAAGGAUCAAGGAAAACAGUUGUAAAAUGAACAACGAAUGCGCGGGGAUACCGCCAACUCCGUAUUCAACUCGCGCCGAAAUAAUUCACUGACCUAAAGAACGCCGAAAUCCUACCUGCUUUUCCUUACCCGAAGUCACGCCGAGCCAACCGAAGCGAAUAAUUGCACCAAUCCAUUAAGACAGUCAUAUACUUUGUACAAUUAUCUAUACCGAAACUAAUACGAGCACUGCACGUACACGACUCUCAAGCCCCGCAUGUGCCUCGUGACAAUAUAUAUGCAUACCGGGUGAUUCGUUUAAUUAAACAUUUGUUAACCGGUGAUUUGAGAGCUAGGGUGUUUGUUCAGCUGAUUCGAAUAGAUAGGUGAAUCUCGUGUGGCAUUAUGUAUAGCGAGGUGAAUGUUUUACUGCAGUAAUAAUCUAAAAUCUGACCGCGAGAUGAGUGGGUGAGAGAACGAAAAAGAAAAAAACCCACAAAAUUUCGUAUAUUCUUUUUAGAGACACGUGAAUAUGCUCGUUACAGCGACGGAGAACAUACCCGCGCUCGGAAGUCGCUCGACCCAAAAUUGUCGGAGAUGAAAUUCUUGCGAUGUAGAAAAUUUGCGAUAACUGUAUAGGACGACUUCAUCUCACGGUGAUAUGACGCGUGGCGUAGGUAUUUUUUCGGUGGUUUAAUUUUCUUACGAUUGUCCCGUAAAUCUCGGAAGGCGACUCUCGUCUGGGCACAUAUACGCCCGGAGAUUUGUCUGGAACGAUAGGACGUUAAGUUUAGGGGGACGCCGCCCGCAAGUCGCGCAUUAUUAUGAAAUAUUAUAAUCAAUGAAAUUACUGGCUGUGACGAACGGCGACGAAUUGAUGUUAUAAUACCAAGAAUGCAGGUACAAAGAUACGGUGAGUUUGGCAAGAGUCUGAGAUAUUGACUUAUUCAAAUUGCGCAAAUGGACGUGCUAUACCCGGUAAUUGCAAACAUUGUAUAACUAGAGUUACGUUGAAUGAUUCGGUACUUCAUUACAUUUUCGAAUUAAUAAUGU